AUGGAGAUGCUGGACAGUGGUGAGCCAUUUUUACAUUGGGAAAGGAACCUGAGCGAGCUGUCUGAAGACGGGGAGAUAGACUGCGCUCUGUACACAAACCAUUUCACAGAGCUCCUGGAUGAUCUCUCCCAUGAGGCUUUGCUGGGACAGCUGCUCAGCGACCCGUUCUUGUCCGGGGUGAGAGGUGGAGGAGGAAGGGAGGAGAUGGAGGAAGACGAUGAGGACCUGUCGCCAUCAUCUCCCAUUUCUCCUCACAUCACGGUGGAGCACAGCUACUCCCUGUGUGGCGACAGCAGACCCCAGUCUCCUCUCUCACACCUGACCGGAGACCACCGCAGUGAAGCAGGCGAGUCAGAUGGUGAUUCUGAGUGGCCCAUGGAGCAGGAGGAGUCCAUAGAUCUGCUGUGUGAGACUCCGUCCCUGUUGCCCACUCUGUCUCUGUCCCCCUCUGAAGUGACUGUCCCAGCUGCAGCCAACAACCCCCCUGUGCCACCCAAGUCCCCCAGCCACGCCAAAUGCAUCAAGAUAAAAGAAGAGAGCAUCACCCCACAGAUAAAACUGGAGCCACAUGAAGUUGACCAGUUUCUGAAUCUUUCUCCAAAAAGUCUGGAGUCACUUCAGAUGCCCCCUACCCCUCCCAGUUCCCAUGGCAGUGACUCUGAGGGGAGCCAAAGUCCAGUGCAUGCUCCAACAGGCCUAUCCUCUCCCCCUUCUCCCACCAGCGCCCCUUCAUCACAGGCCAGCCUCAAAGUGUCUCCACGAGCACAUUCUUCCCUGUCCAACUCCCCUCUUCUUACCGCGCCCCAUAAAUUGCAAGGUUCAGGGCCUCUGAUCUUGACUGAGGAGGAACGUCGUACCCUUGUGGCUGAAGGUUACCCUGUUCCCACUAAACUGCCCCUGACCAAAGCUGAGGAAAAAGCACUUAAGAAGAUCCGCAGAAAGAUCAAGAAUAAGAUUUCUGCCCAAGAGAGCCGUAGGAAGAAAAAGGAGUACAUGGAUACUUUGGAGAAAAAGGUGGAGAACUGCUCCAAUGAAAAUGGUGAACUGCGCAGGAAAGUUGAGACACUCGAGUGCACCAACAAGACUCUGCUGCAGCAGCUGCAGGCGUUGCAGGCACUGGUGGCUGGGAAGGUCUCGAAGUCCUGUAGAAUGGCCGGUACACAGACGUCCUCGUGCGUAAUGGUGGUGGUGCUGUGUUUUGCCUUGUUCUUGGGGAGUUUCUACCCCAGCAGCUUGACCCCCUCCUCUACACACAUGGAUACAUACCACACUUCCAAACAGAUGGCUGACAAAGAUUCCUACACAUCUAUAGUAAAGUCAAGGAAUAUUUUGUCAACCUUUGAGGACGAGCAGCCGCAGCUCCUAGGACUGGGCGGGGAAUAUCCAGACCAAUGGGAGGACACACCGGCUGUUGUUAUGGCAGCCUGGCGUCGUUCAGAGCAACAAAAAAUGGCAUUAGAGCGCAAAAUUGAGAAACCAUAUUCUCCUCUCCAGAAAAGUAAAAAUGAUACUCAAAGGCUUUUGGACAGGCACAGGGGUCUGGAUCCCAGGACAAGUGGAGGCCGAAGCAAAGUGAUAGAGUUGGAACGAACAGUGAACGAAACAUCGUGA